UGGAAAACGUUUGAUUUCUUCGAGGUCGGCCAGGUCAAUCCCCCCGACGAUGAGAGCAGAUCCUUCUUCGAAAGCAACGAGAUCAGCUGUGUAUGCUCCGGAUCCGACAGUCUCUUUCUGGGCAGCUACGAUGGCGUUGUCCGGAUCCUCUCCCCGGCCUUUAAAAUCGUGCGGACGUUUCAAGCAUACGAUACUGGCUCAAUCACGCAUAUGAAGCAGGUGGAGGGUACUUCGUUAUUGGUGACAAUAUCGGAAGACCUUCCAAGCGAACCUGUAUUGAAAGUAUGGGCCUUGGACAAGCCGGUAAAGAAGACCGGGCUUCCAACAUGCCAGUCUACCCUGAAUAUACAAAAUGGCCGAAAACCGUUUCCGGUAUCUGCCUUUACAGCCCUUGACGAUCUAUCGCAAGUCGCAGUUGGCUUUGGCAAUGGUUCAGUCACAGUCGUAAGGGGAGAUCUAGUACACGAUAGAGGCGCCAAACAGAGGACUGUCCAUGAGUCAGAAGAUCCUGUCACUGGGGUCGAGCUUCGGGAGGAGUCCAAGUUGACAACUUUGUACAUCGCGACGACGGCCCGUAUCCUGAAGCUUGUGAUAUCAGGACGGGGCGCUGGACAGCCGGCCCGAAAUGUGGAAGAGUCGGGGUGUGCCGUUGGGUGCAUGACCGUUGACAAGAGAAACGGUGAUAUCGUUGUGGUACGAGAUGAUGCUAUCUAUUACUAUGGAGUCGAUGGGCGAGGCCCGUGCUAUGCAUACGAUGGCCCAAAGAGCUUGGUCACAAUAUACGAAGACUAUGUUGCUCUCGUCUCCCCGCCAGCGACCACCACUACCAAAUCGAGCACUCUCCGCAGAUUUGGUGGUACCCAAGCCGAUGAAAUCUUCAAUACUUCAACAUUUACCUUGCUAGAUACUGAUCUAAAGUUUGUGGCACAUUCUGAAUCAUUAGUCUCUCAGGUCAAGGUGAUGUUCAUGAUUUGGGGUGAUCUCUUCACUCUUACGCAAGAUGGCAAGAUAUAUCGCUAUCAUGAGAAGCCGUUACAACAAAAACUUGAAAUAUUGUACCAGAGAAACCUCUUCGUACACGCAAUCGGCCUAGCGCAGAAGGCUGGGAUGGACUCAGUUCAACAGAAUGUCAUUUUUCGAAAAUAUGGAGACUACUCAUACCAAAAGGGCGACUAUGAUGCUGCAAUGCAACAAUAUCUGAAGGCUAUCGACAAUACUGAGCCUUCUCAGGUUAUUCGCAAGUUUCUUGAUACUCAAAGGAUACAUAAUCUAAUUGAGUAUUUGGAGGAACUCCAUGAACAUCAUAAAGCCACUGCGGAUCAUACCACGUUACUCUUGAAUUGCUACGCCAAGUUGAAGGAUAUUGAUAAGCUGGAAAAGUUUAUCAAAUCACCCGGCGAUCUAAAAUUCGACUUAGACACCGCAAUUUCAAUGUGCAGACAAGGUGGCUACUAUGAACAAGCGGCAUACCUCGCUACUAAGCAUGGUGAACAUGAGUUAGUAGUCGACAUAUUAAUCGAAGAUUCGAAGAGCUAUGCAGAAGCGCUUCAAUACAUUUGGCAUCUAGAACCUGAAGCCAUGUAUCCUAACUUGAUGAAAUACGCGAGAGUUCUCUUGGAGCAUUGUUCGAAAGAAACGACUCAAAUUUUUAUUGACUACUUCACCGGUCGGUACCAACCCAAAACGGAUGCCAUUGAAGUGGAAAAAGCCGUUCAGCAGCCAGGUUAUGCGGCUGGAGCGGUAAAUGCGGUACAAAAUUUGAAAGACCUCCUUCCAUUACCUUACAUGAACGCCUCCGCCGUCGAAUCCCCAGCUGCCCAGGGGAAUAUUGCUACUACGGUCAGUGACAACCAAGUCGUCGGAACCGCAGAUCCUUUAUCGGCUCUUCAAUAUACAUCGCCACAGCCAAGGACUGUGUUCUCCUCCUUUGUUGAUCAUCCGGAUGAAUUUAUAGUCUUCUUGGAAGCUUGUAUCAAAGAGGAGGACCUCAAGGAGCGCGAUAAAAUCGAUCUCUACACGACUUUAUUUGAAAUGUAUCUUCACAAGUCCAACGAAAAGAAAGGCGACAACAGAGAAGAGUGGGAGGCCAAAGCCAAAAAGCUGAUUGAAGGGAAGGAUAUUCCAAUCGAUACUUCCAACGUUCUUCUGCUGUCCCAUCUAUCCAAUUUCCGGGAUGGCACUACUCUUGUUCGCGAGCAAGCCGGGCUUCGAUUUGAUAUCUUCCGUUCUUAUACUUCAGCCAAAGACACUCGUGGCGCCAUCAAAGCACUUCGAAGAUACGGCCCAGAAGAACCACAGCUCUAUCCAGCUGCUCUGUCUUACUUCACGUCGGACCCACGUAUCCUUGAGGAAGCUGGUGAUGAGCUUGAUGUUGUGCUGAAGAAAAUUAACAAUGAUCGCCUCAUGGCACCAUUGCAAGUUAUCCAAACUUUGAGCACGAAUGCUGUAGCGACGAUGGGAAUGAUUAAAACCUACCUCCAGCAGACCAUCGAACGUGAGCGGAAGGAGAUCGCUUCCAAUCGACAGCUGAUCGAUUCAUAUCGCAAUGAGACUCAUGAUAAGCGGCAAGAAAUUACCGACCUCGCAACAAAACCCCAAACGUACAACAACACACGCUGUUCUUUCUGCUCCCUGCCAUUGAAUCUGCCUACUGUGCAUUUUCUCUGCAAGCACAGCUUUCAUCAGCACUGCAUCAACGUGCAGCUCGAUGAAGAUGGAAAUGUAGAGGGCGAGUGUCCUAAGUGUCGAAAUCAAACCGAUACUAUUCGCGCCGUUAGAAGAGCCCAGGAAGAGAGCACUGAUAAACAUGACAUGUUUCUGGACGCAUUAGCGCGGAGUGAUGACAGAUUUGGUACCAUCAGCCAAUUUUUUGGAAGUGGAGUUAUGGCAGUCCCGGUUGUGGACUAG